UUCUAUCAAUAGAACAUCUUUAUGGGUUCAAAAAGCGAGACACUGUGCGAUUAGCCGUGCUCAGGGACAUUAAAUUUGUAUACAUCCUCUUCAAACCUACAAUAACACUGCAAGUAUUAUGCUGUGAGCGUGUAAACAGGAUAUCGCUAAAAAAUGAAAAUAUUUGACUUUGACAGAAAGCGAUUGUAAAAAGUGUACUUUUCGAUCCCUGCUCUAGCGAUAUAAUGGCAUUUGAUAUAUUUGCUGUAUUUUUAUUCAUUUUCGGUGUGGUGUUAUUUAGGGAUAUGGAUGGAUCCCAAUGUAACAAUCCCUUUGACAAGCUGUUAAAAAAAAUGCAAUACGACUUUAUAACUGCGGAAAACAAUUGUGAAAGGAAUGCCAAUUGUAGAAUAGAACUUGUAUUGCAGUAUAAUAAUCAAUUGGAGUUGUGUUUUGGGCCAGACCAGAAAACAUGUUUCUUACUGACUUGUAUGUGCACUAAAGAUAACAGAACAGAACAGAAACUAAAUAUUAGCUCUGGUGAUUUUAAAUGCACCCAUCAGAAAAAAACAAUGUUGCCAGAAGUGGAACACAUAAACACCACUGAUGAAAGAUCUAGAGUUACAAUUGACCAUGAAAGAAAUUAUAUAACGGCGAUCGACAAUUGUAAUAAUACAAUAGACAACAUUUAUACAACGAUUUCGGAAUUAAUCCUACAAAAUAAAGAUAGAAAAAGAUAUCUAUUACCAGUGACAUUAACAUUCAUAGUGGGAACAGUAUUCGGUUCGGCGGUAUCCAUCAUCACAAUCUACUUAUGCAGAUCAAGAACGUCAAGGCAAAUUCAAAACCAUCACCAAACGGAUUUAUGUGAGGUUACGCCAUUACAUAUGAAAUUCUCGGGUGAAACUUCAGAGUACUCUGAAAUUCAAGAAUACAGCAGGAACAAGCUUGGUGCAGGUUUUCGCGAAAAUAUGGAACCUCUACCAAAGAAUAACACUGUGUCGAGAGAAAUGAUUCUUCUUGAAAACCUUUACGAGAGGGAUGAAGUAUCAUUAGACAGAGGAAACGCCGACCAUAAUAUUUAUCACCAUCUCCAACCAAAUAAUGGAACCAAUCAACAAGUGUCAAUAAAAAAAGAAGAAAGUAGUGUCAACCCGCUUUACCACACCUUGGCUUUAGCUGAUAUAGAAAAUAAAAUUGAUGUCAAUUCUGAUGAAAAUUCCUGUGAUGCUGCGCCGAAUUUGUUGAAUGAUAAUUCUCCUAGCAAUUUCGAUGCAAGAACAAAACAAAUUCAAAAAGAUGAAAUAUCAAGUGGAAGGCCUUCUUUGAUGUGUGAAAAUAAAGAACAAUUAAUAGAGAAAGUAGAGACUGAUGAAGGAUCAGAUGAACUUAAAGGAAAUUCUAACAUCGAUAAUACUUACUUUGUACUACAGAAAAAGGAAUAGUUAAAAUAAUUGUUUAUAAAUAUUUUCAACAACGAAACAAGCAGACUUUCUAUAUUCCUUUGAUUGGAGAACAAUUUAUUGAUUUACAAAACUCCGUGUAUCAUGAAAAUAUUUUGCAAAGGAUUUGAUUUUUUGGUUGAGUUUUACCCCGCCUGAUCAUACGAUUCGCAUGAACCUUCUGAUUUUUAAGUUGUCUAUUGUACAUAUAUUGUUUUCGUUGGUAUAAACUUUACAUGUAUCCUUUUUCAUCUUUCUUCCCCAGAAUUACUUCGUCCAUUUUAACCAAAGUAUAUAUAUUGUAAAGAGUUGUAUGUAAAUGAUAUCGAUAUUGUUUUUAAUAAAGGUUAUACAAGCCAAUAUACUACACUAUUUAAUUAUUCUACAUAAUUCAAAAUCUGUUCAAACAAAAAUGUGCAAUACCCUAAUAAAAAGAAUUUUCUUUUAAGUUCUGGGUUAAUUCAAACUAGCAUAUUUAUCGCAGUGAAGACACAUCACAUGUUUUAUGGGUCUGAAACCCCAAUCCCUAGAAAAUUCUGUUUUAUUAGUCUUACACGGAAAAAUAACCAAA